CAGAGUAUAAUGUAGCAACUGUGGCAACCUGUUCAAUAUCGACGAGGCACGGCUUUUUUCAGACGUUAAACCUCCUGUCCCUGAAAGAAACUCCUUCUCCGGGUCGUGACCGUGGAGGGUGACAGCAGUUUCUUCCUUUCAGCACACCUCAGCGACUCUAAUAAAGAAAGAACGGGGACUCGUGUGACUCCGGGGCCUGUCUUUGGCUUUUUACUGGACACAACGUGGCUUGACUCUACUCUCUAGCACUACCGACUUUCUGUGAAUCUGACGCCCAAAAUUGCAGGGUCGGAUAUCUUUUUCAACUUGGACGUAGAGGGGGGAAGCCUCGCCGAAAGUCGUGUCUCUCCUAUACUGGACGUGAGCUGUAUCCCGGCGGCACAUAGGAAGCCGUCUCCCCGCGCCGCUUGGGAAAUAAAGAGAUCCCAACACCUAUCAGUGCUAACAAAGUGAUUUGGAGAAAAUUCUCCAUGACGCCAAAGUCGAGUGCCAUGUGAGCUCUUCUUGGAAGCAUUGGGAAGCCUUCUGUGCUCUCGGAAUGCCGACAUAACGCGCACUACCAUGCACAGCUUCGUGUGCAUGCGCCACAGCUCACCAAGCAUGUCCCGGUUCUGCGACCUCCAGCCACGGACUCGUAUGACAUAUAUCUCGUCCCAGACUACAUAUUUCUUUGACAAUAUGUCCCAGCUGCUUUUAGCAAUUGGAAUGCCGGGCGAGCAGCAUCUGUGAGGCAUCCAACACUCACAGCUGGCCCGUGCUUCUUCGUCAGAUACUGCCCCGUGUCCCUUCGAAUUCAUCAAGCGAUGCCGUCACUUACUUCCACCGUUAAUCACCGUUGAAGCUCUCUUUCUGUCAUCGCUGUUUACCGCCUUUCUCUGUUUGUGGCUUUUCCCUGUCGCUUCUCCACGCUUCCACGCAACGGCUCUCGUUUUGCCUGCGCGGCAUCGAGGUCCUCUCCCGUGCCCAGGAAUUCAGAUAUCUGCCUCAGGGCUUUCUUACCAUUACACCGUCAUUCAAGGAAAUAAUCACGUUUCCGUGCCGGAAAAUAGGGAUAAAAGCCACUUUUAGUCGACUAACAUGGGAACUGCAGGGUCUCGCGGAGCUGUUGAGGAGCCUGCUUCCUGAAAAAGUGAAAGCAUAUCUUCAACCGCGACUAGCCCGGGCCCUCGUCAUCUCAGAAGAGUUGGGGUCGAGUCACACAGAUUUCGCAACUUCAGCUGCUUGUGUUUCGGUGAGUGAGCGAAGCUUCCGUGUAGACUUGCGUCGCUGGUUUGCGAACCCCGUUGCCACGGGGUAUCACUAUAGCUCGUGUCGCGCUAGAGGCACCAGUUCAAAAAAGUUCUGUCUGUGGCAAAGCAUUGUCGCCUCGCCACACAGUCGGCGUGCGGUCUUGCGCUUUCAGAGAUCUUUGAGUUCAGGACCUUUCACCGAGUCUUUCAACCUCUGAUAUCCACUCUGAAAAAUUUCUUCCGUCGGCAAUGGCCCGUUCCGCCACUCCCGGUGGCUCUGCAGGGCCAGCGCCAGUGCUCGGACAUGGCGAAUCUCCAGCGGAAAAAGAAAACAAAAGCUCCGCGAUGGGAAAUGAAGACGUUUCGUCUGGCGGGCAUGCCUGCUCCGAGGACACCACGUCUGCCGCGGCAAAUUUAUCCGCAUCCGACAAACAAACCGGAAACUCCGAGGUGGGUGAUCAUCCCCGGCAGGGUCCGAUGCGUCGGAGGAAACUGCGGAAAAUCGUUGACGACGAAGGUGGCGUGAAUGCAGCGGUCGACACAGCGGACACGAGCGCCACAUCGUCAGAGGAAGUCUUUUCUGACUACUCGGUUUUCGCGCAAAUUUCUCCGCAAGACUCUCUGGGUCCUCCGUCUGAUGGUUCUCCGACGACGUCGCCGAGUGGAUCUGUCCUCUGUCCCACUGGGCCGUCUCUCGGCACUCCAGAUGCUGCGUCUUCGGACGAAUUUGUGUCUGGGCGACUGCCGCGGCCUCUUCACCCACUCCUGAGCUGCACUGUCCUCCCGCGGACUGCUUCGAGUCUACAUACACCCGUGAGUGGGCACGGAGGCUCUCUCACCGGAGCGAGUCUCCCAGUGAGAGGCAUGCCUGGCUCGAGCUCACGACCAGGGAGUCUUUCUUCGGCGACCACAGGAGGCGUCGCCCUCGGAUCGUCCGCCGUGCUGUCGAGUUUGAGGCGCAACCUGCCAGAGGGCGCUGGGAGCGGCCGGGGCAGAGCCUCUGUUCGCUUUACGCCGAACCUAAAUCGCGUUCUUGGCUCAUCUGAACCUUCUGCAAAAAUUCUUCAAGAAAAACGGACUGGCAGUGCGGACAAAGAACCGCAGCACACUGGAGGCACGGAGGACAGGUGCGGUCGUAGUGCUCCAGAAGAAGGUUUUGCGUGGACGGGAAUGCUCCUGAGCAGCCAGAAACGACAGGAGGAGGAGGCGCUUCGCCUGAGAAACCGAGCUGCACGUGGGGAAGCGCCGCAGCCUUCUCUCAGAGAGCAAGUGAAAACCAAGUCCGACGCCACGGCGGACGGUGCAAGGACACGCGAGCAGCGGUCGAACUCCGCUUCUGAUGGGAGAAAGCCUCAGGGUGGAGGCGGCGUCAGCUCGGAGUUUUGUGGGCCGCCUGGACUGUCAGUCCGGCCUCCAAAAAACAGUGGAGAUACCCAGGGGGAAAGGGUCUCCGCGGCAAAGGCGGGAAGCGACUCAGACGGAGACACUCCUUCAGCUUUCCCCCAGACGAAUCGUAGUGGCAAGCGCGCUGGACAAAGCGACGGAAAAGGCAAGGGGCCAGACGACGGGUGCUUCGACCGCAGCGGCUGGAAACGUGAAUUUGGAGAGGAGCUUGAAUGGGGAAUGCAGGCAGCUGGCACAGACGGCUCGUACCUCCCGAUGACUCUGCCUUUCGGCAAGAAGCCGUUUCCUCGAAGGUCCGCGGCAGCAGCUCUGAUGGCGGCAGACGCGUCGGAGCACUUCACUGGUGAAGACGAGAACUCUGCAUGCGAUGCCCCGGGUUUCGCUUCGUUUCUGCUUCUUCAGUUGCCUCGCCUUCUGCCCCCUCUGGACAAAGAGGCGAUGCGUCGCCAGGCUGUUGGGGGUGCUCCUGGGAAACAGAUUCACAGUUCGGUUUCUGGAAUUCCGGCCGCCUCCGUGGGUGAAAAGGCAGGAAGCCAAGCUUCGGGAUCCGCGGGCGCUCCUCUCCCUCGAGCUUCGCCCAUCGUUGGGGACCCUGUGACUCUCAGCGAGCUUCCAGAGGGCGCGGUAGGUCGGCUGUUGGUGCACCGGAGUGGGAGAGUGGUGUGGUGUCUGGGAGGGACUCGCGAGUCGCCAGCAGAGACGUCGCAGCGACGCAAACAGCAGCGAAAGUCCUUUCCCGUGUGUCCCUGGGAGGCGCCGAAGUCGGGGGGGGGACAAGCGGGAGUGAAGCAAGCGGGCAAGGGUAGAGCGGCGCGAGACAGCUCGGAGCGCAGGAAACAGAAGAAGAAACACAGAGACUGGGGUGGACGACACUCCGGCGGCGGAGCGUGCUCCUCUGGAGGAUUGAGGCAGGCGAAAGGCGAGGCGACAAGGCGGGGUUCCUCCGCGGAUUCUGCGGAAAAGAAACGCACGCGUCUGCGUCGAGAGACCGAAAGCAACAGCGACUGCUCCGAGAAGGGAUCCGACGAAGGGUCUUUCGAGAGAAGUCCAACCGGAGGCGACGAGACGCUAGAAGUGGAGGCGCGACGACGCGUGCGACGGAUCGAGAGCAGCGACGACGAAGAUUUGGAGUCGGAAAAAGAACGAACAAGAGCGGGGGAUAGCUCCAAACCGCGCACGAUAUCGCCUGAGAAGGCCGCCGUGUGUCAAGUGAAGAAGGAGUCUGCGGAGGCAAACGAAUGUUUGGAAGUGGGAGGCGCGCAAAGGGGGCUAGAGUCGAGCGAACGGAUUGACGAGCUGAGGGGACGCCAUCAGAAGGACCGGCGAAAGUUUCACAAAAGGGAGACUGAAGCAGCAAGUGGAAGCUACUACUUCAAGAUUGAUGUUGGCUGCGACUGUAUUUUCAAGCAGGAGUGUGCCGUGAUGCUGAAAGACACCAAAGAAUUUGUUUUUCUGGGAAGCUGUUCGCAGCGACUCGUCGUCGCGCCUCACAUUGAAAAAUUGCUUCACGCGUCCUCAGCAGAGGACACUGGAUCCAGUGAACGCACGAGAUCAUCGACUGUGACGAUGUAGCGUGGUUCCGAGGAUAGUUGCUGGAGCUACGACUCUCUGGUCACGCGAACAACAGCCAAAACCCUGCGUCGAAGUUUAUGUAUAGCAGCAGACAAACGUGCGAUUCACCGUUUUGUGCCUUGAUACUAGGACCGUUGUUUUAGUGCCAUAUGCAGUCCUAGCGACCCCCGCGUACCCACGGAAAGGCUUUUUCGCCUUCUACACACACAAAGAUCUUGACGUGAGAUGCAGCGUGUGUGCUGCCAGGGAGAGUUAACUUGACGUCGACGAACACUUUCUUUCAGAAAGCACGUUCGGACCUGCUGUGUUCAGAAAAGACCUGAUGAAGGCGGUGUUAGUGGGACUGCAAUACAUCUUGAAAAAGAACGCGAGACACCAGCCAUGUAGCAAUGGCAUUUGUCAGUCAGUGGGACGAUUCGAGUUUUUAGAGUUGAAUGAGACUGAACGGAGAAUCGCGGCGGGAUGAAUGCCGGCUGUGUACUCAUGGCUCGGGCCGUUCGUUGUCGAAACCUGGCGUUUUGAGUUUGUCACGGACAGAACAGCGAAGACGCUCCGGGAAUGAGGGUGCUCGUUUUCCUUUUUUUUCUUUCGAUUGCACACGGGCCGGCGACCACGUCGCUCCUCUACUCGGAGUGUGUCUCAAAGUGUUCUUCGUUCCGUCUCUCUUGUCAUGUUCCUCUUGUUGCUCCGCGAAUCUUGACCUGCCUCGAUCGUCCGUGGCGUUGCGUCCAGUGCCGAGAGGGAUUCCACCAGAGGCCAGAUACCGCCUUUUCAAAGCACUUGUGACGCAAAGAAUUUUUCUGCGAGGCAAAAUCUACUGACGCGACAUCGCUGCUUCUCAACGAAGUGCCUCUGACAAGAAAAUCGGGGAACCCACCGUCUUCAUUUCGUGUGCAGAAACGCAUUUCAUGUGCGGGACAUUGAACUGUUUGAAUCCAAAAGCGAGCCGUGACACAACACGUGCGACCGAAGCCAACCUUUUGUUCGGAGAAAAGUACCCACAAGUAAGGAGGAGUUUCAGACCACAAACUGUACGAUUUCUUGAUCGUGUCCGUACCAAUUCACCAGCAGGCCCAGGUUGACAGAACUGAGAAGCGCAAAGCCUGUGGCACUCGUGUCGACAGUGACUAACUCCUCGAUAAAGCAAGCCUUCCGGAUUCCCCGAAAGACGCGCAGACUCAAAAGAACCAAACAAGGGUGGGUUGUUGCCCCUUAGCCACACCAGAGGAACUGCGGUCAAACUGUCGAAAUCGUGCACCCCACGAAAAGCGGUGUCUUGUACACGUGCUGAAAGAUUCGUCAAACCACGUGAAAUCACUGCUGGUGUGUGGACAAGGUCGUUGAGGGAGGA